AUGGCACCACCGCACCUCCAUCCGCGGUCGCGCAUGACCUCUUCACUCUUUGCGACCACCGUUGUCGCGAGCUUUUUUGUCGUUGCCCUACCGCACGUACUCCCGUGCCCAGCACCGCGCCGAGUAUUUGCAGACGGGGACAUGGAGACCAUGAUUGACGCCAACGGGAGGACGCUGCGAAGGAGGAGGAGGAUACCUUUAGACCCCGAGGUCAAGGAUGGCAUAGUGCAGUUUGACGCUAUGAGCAGCCCAAUUGACUCAUCUGAGUCUGAAUCAGAAUCCAAUACCGGGAGAGCCUGUCCGAUACCGAAACCCGGCGGAAAGGUUGGGGAGCUACUCGGUUUUACGAGGAAACAACCGCCAUCGCAAGAUGAGAACAAGACAUGA